GGCAUGUAUGAUGAGAUAAAGGGGAGGGGACGCCGUCGUUGUCAUGGAGAUGCUAAGUAUCAUUUUACCAUCUCAUCCAUAUCUGGCGGCAAGCAACGUUGGAGAGAGCGCUACAUCCACGUCUGUUCUACGAUUAGAUAUAUCCCCUUCAUCAUCAACAGCACACAUGGAUCCCCUUGUUACUUGCUCAACUAAGCAGGGCCAGCAUUUUGAAUUGCGCUUCGUUCCCUUUGGAAAUGAAUGGGACUUUCCCCAGCUGCAAGUUGAGCCAGAUGACAACACGCCAAAGACACACUGUCAAGCAAAAAGAUUUGCCGUUUCGAGCCUGCGGUUGGGACAGAAAGUCCUGAGGAUUUCCCAGUCAAUAUAUAAAUAUCAACUAUCCC